AGGAGUGAGAUUAUUGUCUGCACCAUAGCAGUUCUGCCUCACAUAGAUAUUUGUAGAUAAACGUUAUUAAACCAGAAAUAAUGCCGACAGGAAGGGGAGGUGCUGAUGUACAUCAUGCAUUGUGUUUCAGUCCGUUGGUCAGACAGUCUUCAGACAGGAAGACAGCAUGGAGGUCCCAGCUCUCUGGACGGACGUGUUGCUCCUGCUGCUUGUGAGAGUCGACCACUGCUACUCUGCUCAGAAAGCUGAUUUUCCGGCGUUUCCUCGCGUUCUUCCAGACAGACUGCAGUUUUUUGAGUACGAGUCUGUCAGUGUGAUCUGUCAGGAGUCAGGUGGUGCGACCGAAUGGCGAGUGAUGAGGAGGCUCAACAACAGAAGUCCAGCAGAGUCUUACACCUGGAACUCGUCAGCACCGUCCCGCACCAUCCAUCCCACCUUUGAGAGUCAGAGUGGAGCGUACUGGUGUGAAGAUGCAGAGGGGAACACGGGCAACGCUCUCAACAUCUCCAUCGUCCAUCCUGAUUCUGUGAUCCUGGAGGUCCCUGCCAGUCCCGUAGCCGAGGGGGACAACGUGAGUCUUUACUGUAGAAAGAAGGAUCGUCAAUCAAAUCACAUCGCUGAUUUCUACAAAGAUGGAUCCACGCUCGGGACCCAGUAUUUAAGCCAGAUGACCCUUCGAAAUGUUUCCAAGUCGGAUGAAGGACUCUACAAGUGCAGCAUCUCCAAAGCUGGGGAGUCACCGCAGAGCUGGCUGACUGUUUUAAAAGGAAGUAAAGGGGACGAAGGCCUGUUUAAUAACUCUGCUCCAGCAGCCGACGAAGACACCGGUCCUUCCGGUCGCCCCCCCAGUCUGCCCAUCCUGGUCUGGAUUGGUGUCGGUGUUUCAGUGGGGGCUCUGAUCCUGUUGGUGAUGGGACUUCUUCUCAGUAGGAAACACAGAGUGUUUGGCUGUUUGUCGUCUAAUAAACCAGAACCAGGAUCGCACUCCCCCGCUGAUCCCACAGAUUCAAAUCAACAUCAUGCAACAUACGCUGUUGUCAAAAAACAUAGAAGAGAGAAAGUGUGUGAUGGCGACCGUGCCGGGGAUCUGGAUCUUGUGACAUAUGCUGCUGUUAAAAAACCAAGGAAGAAGAAAGAGCCGAGCGGGUCCGGAGCUGCUUCCCACCGCUGUCUGACGGACGACAGUGUCCCCUAUUCUACAAUCAGCUACAGGCCACAUGCACCCGACUGAAGCACCGAGGGGGGGGGCCGUUCAGAGGUCUACUUCUGUAUUUCAGUUAGGAAGUCGUACUGUAAAGUCACACACUUUUGAAAUCCAUUACAAAGAACAUUUGGUGUAUUUGGUGUUAUCAAUACUCAAAAUUUAAUCAUAAACUAAUUUCAAUUUAAAAGCAUAUCUUCCAAGUUUUUAAAACCAGCAGUGAAUUCACAGAAACAAAGAUUAUAUUGAAGUGGUGAAACAAAACCUGCCACUGUUGUUCCUCUUCAUGAGAUACACAUUUCUUUAAUGUUGUUGUAUUUCUAGAAUGAAUCUUUACAUUAAAUGAAAACUAUAAUCGUAUUACAGAUGUUGAAGGAGAUGAAUCUCUUAGGAAAAUUCAGUUGAGUUGUAAUGAGCAGAGUGCAUUUACAGAAAAAGUAGCAGCUUACUGAAAACAAAAGUUUAAAACAAAAAAUUAAAAUUUAAGAAAACAUAAGCAAGCCGACAGUGUGGUGUGUGUGUGUGUGUGUGUGUGUGUGUGUGUGUGUGUGUGUGUGUGUGUGUGCUACGUGACCUAGUUCACACUCAGACACAGAACACACAGGACAUUGUCUAAAAACCUUAAAGUAAUCUCCCCUUCUUUCUUUUUGGUGUUUGCACCACUUUCAAAUACAUAGCCGAUGGUUUAAGUAUAACAUUCCUUAAGUGUUUUUGUCUUUUGCAUUUAUUUAUCCUUCAUAGCACUGGCAGAAUACACUCUUAAAGUGUCCUUCAAACUUUAAUUUUUGCAUACUUGGAUAAGGUGUUUUAUUGUUUUACCUCAGUAUCUGUUAUGUUCUUACUGAGUGGAUAUGAGCGUUUUGCACCAAAACACCUCUCAUGGUUUUAAACAUUGUCAUGAGACGGUUGAACAUAGCAGGCGAACAGUGGACGGAAAAUUGUGGUCUAGCAUUUAGCUGCUCCAGUUCACGUCUGCAUAGGAGGACGACAGCGUACGUGGCCUCAUGCAGGUGGUGUGACAGGUCUCGCCUCCACCUUGCUCUUACCUUUAAUAAACUUUGGUUAAGACAUUUGUAAAAUGAGUCCCUCGUCCCCCUAUCAGGACGCUGUAUGAGGCUUGUGAUAAGGGGAUGUUAAAAGUGAUGCUCGGGGGGGGGGGGGGUUUGUGUCGGAGGCUUUGCUGCUUUUUUUUCUUGGUAAAACAUCAGGCCUACACUGUCUCCCUCAGACGAUGAGCAUCGCAUAAGAUAAUGACAAUUAAAUGUUCAAGUGUAAUUUACACUUUGUAACGAUUUGGUAAAACUUUGAGUGUAAGCUAAAACGUUGGUGCCUCCUGAACUUGGAACCACGACCUGUCUCUACAUUCCCACAGUUGAACUGUAGUUGACCAGGGCGUGGGGAGAGAUCAGCAGAGAUGGAGGAUUACGCACGGUCAAUGUGAAGCAACUCCUAAAUUUAUUGAAGAAACGCCAGGCAAAAUU